UACCGUUCACUGCGCGCACUUCAACAUCUUCAUCGCGCCCGGAGCUGCGCCUGAUAGUGACCACUAUACACCAUACGGAUUUUAAGGUUUGCUCUUAGUUAACUACUUUGAAAAUGGACCAGAAGGACGCAGAAAUGAAUGAUAAAGGAGUUUCAUCCUCUACCAGUGGAGUUGUAAUUCAAGUCAGGGAGAAGAAAGGACCUUUACGCGCAGCCAUUCCCUAUAUGCCAUUUCCAGUAGCUGUCAUCUGCUUGUUUCUCAACACGUUUGUGCCCGGACUGGGUACAUUCAUCUCAGCCUUUACGGUCCUGUGCGGAGCGAGGACAGACCUUCCUGACAGACACAUAUGUUGCGUGUUCUGGCUAAACAUCGCAGCCGCCUUCAUUCAGAUCCUGACUGCUAUCGUCAUGGUGGGCUGGAUCAUGAGCAUAUUUUGGGGAAUGGACAUGGUCAUUCUUGCAAGCUACAGGGAGCAGGCCGUCCCUCAGCAGCUGUGAUUCCUGCCCUCUAAAUCUUGAACGUCCACCUUCUCCAGUGCUGUCUGGCCAUCAUAUUGGAGCUUUAAGACGGCACCCACGUGCCCUGGGAGAUCCAGGGACUUCAUAUGUAGAUUCUCAGUCCAACUCAAUACUUUUAUUCAGGUACUGAAUGAACAGACCUGACUGCUGAAGGACAGUAGAAGAGCGUGGUCUGUGAAUAUCACUAAAACUGUCUCUGUCUACCACGUGUCAGGGAAAUAAAUUGUAUUCGGUCUUGCUCUGCUCUGUAGUCUUAAUGUAAAUUGAUAUCAAUACAGUAAAUAUACUUUUUUCAGAAUUUGUUAUAAAACAUAUGUAAAUCCACUUUGAAGUGUGUAAUGAAGUAGUCACAAGAAUAAAGGAAGUCUUAAAGGAAUAGUUCACCCAAAAAAAAAAUCUGUCACCAUUAAGUGCACAGAUUUUUACAAGGCCUAUAUAAAAAUACAAACGACUUGCAGGAUUUAUACCAUGAUGUCCUAGAGUAAAGUUGCACUUCUCUAAAUAGUAUAAUGAGAGUGAAUGGUGACCAAAGCUAUCAACAUUUUAAGGCAAAAUUUCCAUCAAUAAUUUUCAGUCCGGAGCUAUCAAAUGGCUUAAUUCUACGUUUAAAGUGCUUUUGUCCUUUUUGGGAGUUUGCCAGUCCUGGUUCGUAUUCAAUUCAAUUUUAUUUAUAUAGCACUUUUCACAAUUGUUUAAUUGUUUCAAAGCAGCUUUACAUGAAUAAAUGCAUGAGAAAAAACAUAAGCAGCAGAGUUCAGCGGCUAAGAUUAAACCGUUUUUCCUACACUGUAAAAAAAAAUCCGUAAAAAUCACAAUGUUAUUGCAGCUGGGUUGCCGGUAAUUUACAGUAGAUUUACAUUUAUGUUAUUAACUGGCAAGAGUUUGUUCAAAGUUAAAUAAAUUUUAAAUAUUAACAAGUCUUUAUCUUUACAGAAUAAAACUAUACAGUAAUAGCCUCAUGCAAAGCAUUCUGGGAAUCAGAAAUCAUCAUCAACCUUUUUCUGUUUUUUGCUUCAGAUUUUGUUUCCCAGAAUGUUUUGCUUGAUGCUGUUUUUUUAGUUUUACUCUGUAAAGACAAAGACUUGUAAAUAUUUAAUGUUCAUUUAACUUUGAACAAAAUAUUGCCAGUAAAAAACAUAAAUUUAAAUCUACGGUAAAUUACCGGCAACCCAGCUGCAAUUUCUACGGAUUUUUUUUUUACAGUGAUAUUCACAUUCAGUAUAAAACAUAUUGGAUGCAAACUUUACCUUUGCGAUUUAUAAAAGCUAGAAAAAGUCAGGUUUAAAAUUACGUUAGAGUGAAAUGAAAUGUAUAUAUGUGAACUUUACCUUUAACAAUGUGUAAUAUUUUGCUUUCACAGAGCACUCCCUAAAUACACAUUACACUGAAUAUUUAUAUGGUUGUGUGGUCAUUCCAGUGUUGAUAGUAUUUCUUUAUAUCAUGCUGUGUUUAUAUUACUUAUAUUUAAGCCUUAUCUUUUUUUACAAAAUCAUUAAAAUCUGACUUUUCCGUGUUUAAUUGCUAUUAUUGGGUCCCCAGUGCUUGUAUCAACCUAUUAAAUGUGAAAAAGAUAAACCCAGUAAUUUAGUUUUGGUAAACCAGUCUCUCCAAACAUGUGAAAAAUAGGUCAUUGAAAUGUUUCUCCCCUUGUGAUGUCAGAAGGGGAUAAUACCACCCUCUAAUCUGCAUUAUCUAACCACAGCACUGCUAUUUACUGCAGAGAUCAACUCAUUUGCAUUUAAAAUGACACACAAAACGACACAUAUUUUGCUCACACCUACAAAGUGGCAAUUUUAAGAUGCUAUAUUAAAUUAUCUAUAUGCUAUUUUGAGCUCGAACUCUGGGGACACCAAAGUUUUAUUUGACAAAGUCUUGUGAAAUGUCCCCUUUACUUUUUGUUUGCAAGAAUGCAUUGUCUAAUCCCUAUUGGUCUUAAAUACUGUACACAGUAUCCGACACAUAACCUUUUCUUCAGUAAUGAUGGGUUGUAAAGUGAAACCAUUAAGUACUGGUGAAUUGUGAGCCGGUUGCCAUAGCGACUGCCCACUUUAGCAAACUUAUGCGUAGGAUAUGAAAUAAUGCAAUUAGUGGGAGUUAUUUAUGACCAGAAAGGCCGCAGUCCAAAAAUAGAGAUUUAAGAGGAGACAUCGGAAAAAUUUACCACCAAAUGGAGUGUGCAAAAUAUUUGUGACCCUGUCUGUGAAAUAGAUAUACUAAUUUUGAGAUUGAUUUCGAUCACUUUAUUUUCAAUGACCUUACUCAGGCAAUAUUAAAGAUAUAAAGGUACAGAAUGUUCUUAGAUUGAUUUUAAACAGUUCAUCAUAUAAAAAAAUAUGUAAGCUGGGUUUUUACAGGCAAGGUCACAUUUGGAAACUGCAGUAAAGUCCUUUUAGUUUUUAAUGUUGAAAGGCUGAAAAUAUCUUAAAGGCGGAGUCCAUGAUGUUUGAAAGCCAAUGUUGAUAUUUGAAAUCACCUAAACAAACACGCCCCUACCCCAAUAGAAUCUGGACCUUCUGUUGAUAGACCCGCCCCACAGAUACGCAACCCGGCAUUUGAUUUGAUUUGAUUGGCUAUAAGUGUGUUUUGGUAGUCGGCCCGUCUCCUUUUCCAAACCGUUUUUCAAACAUCGUGGACUCCGCCUUUAAGCAGUGAGAAGUUUUAAAUUAGUUUGAGUCUCUUUUUAAAUAUGAAUCGUUUCUUGCUGUUUUUCUUUUGUGAUGUGUGCUGUGAAUGUAUUUGAAGAUUUGUUGUACUGUAAAUAUGAUCAGAAAUAAAUGUAUUGUGUAAAAGUUGUAGCGCUGCCUUUAAAAAUGUAAUUCAGUGCUAUUUAUUAUAGCCAGAUGUAUGUUGCUCAGCAACUAUACACCAU